AUGACCUUGAACCAUCCUGGCCAAACCUUGCUGUAUAUCAAAGUGGCGGAGUGGAUCUUCACAGCGCUGUUCACAGCGGAGCUGGUGCUGCGACUCAUCGCCGCAGGGCCACGCCUCUUCUGGAGUGAAGAUUGGAUGUGGGCAUUUCUGGACCUGAUCAUUGUGCUCUUCUCUCUCUGGGAGGUGGUGGUCCAGUUGGUCUGCGGCAUCGAUGGCGGCUCCUGCAACUUGCAAGGCGUCUCAGGCGUCACCAGCCUGAAGACCAUGCGCAUCAUCCGCAUCACGCGCCUUGUGAAAACGGUGCGCUUGGCGAAGGUCUUCAGAUUCGUGAUGGCUUUUCGGAUGCUUAUCACCUCCAUCAUGCACACACUGAAGUCCCUAUUUUGGGCCUUGGCACUGCUGAUCCUCAUUGUGUACAUAUUCGCUGUACUUUUUACGCAGGCUGUCAACGAUUAUUUGAGUGAUUCCGGGCCCAUGAGCCAGCGGGAGUUGGACAACAGCCAGCGGUACUACGGCAGCAUGAUGCAGACCAUGCUCAGCCUCUUCAUGAGCAUCACCAGCGGGGUGAGCUGGGAAGAGGUGCUGGCGCCUCUGCAGGCCAUCUCCAUGGCAUGGGUCUUCAUCUUCCUCUUCUACAUCAGCUUCGCGUAUUUCGCGGUCCUCAAUGUGGUGACAGGCGUGUUUUGCCAGUCCGCCAUAGAUGGAGCUCAGAACGACCACGCCACAAAAGUCCAUUCGAUCUUGGCCCACAAGGAAGCGCACCUGGAGCAGAUCCGUAGGCUCUUCAGCAAGCUGGACGCGGAGGACUCAGGCAUUAUCACCUACGACAUGUUCCAGGAAAGGAUCAACAGCCCAGCAGUGCGCAACUUCUUUGCCACCCUUGGGCUAGACAUUUGGGACGCCUGGUCCUUCUUCAAGUGCCUUGACUUGGACGCUGGCGGCGCGGUAGAAAUUGAGGAGUUCCUUAUGGGCUGCUUGCGGCUACGAGGCCAGGCGACUGCUAUAGACGUGGGCAAGAUCAUCAGCAACCAGACCUGGCAGCUGAGAAACCAGGGCCACUUCCAGGCCUACAUUGAGGUGAAGCUUCAAGAGCUCACAAGUCAGAUGGCGACCUUGACGGGGGUGAACGGCCUGAGCGAUGAGCAGAUGGAGAUGAUGUUCGCAAAACAUGGGGAUGAGAGCCCGGAGGACUCGGUGAUCAACCUGUCCAGGAUGUCCGAAGGCGAAGACCCUUUCGAAGACGGCUGA